GAAAAGCUAGAUGAUAUGCUAGAGUUUUUAAUGGAAAAAAAAGGAGCAAGAACAAAAAAAUAAACAGAAGAAUGAAAGCAGCAUUAAUGGAAGAAAAUGCUGAUUCAAAGUCAUGCAAAAUUACAGGGAUGGUACUAAUGACAGCAAACUUCUUUAAGGAAGCAAAGGAAUCUUUAAUCAAGCUAAUUGAGAAAACAACUCUGGAAGAAGAUGUGGCGACAGCAUUAGGUGGAUCCAUUCCGCCAACACCACUUCUUGUUGUGGCUGGAGACUGCAUUUUUAAGCCACAUCGUCUAUUCAUGUGUAUGGAUGGCACAGUUUGUGGUUGCCCCUUGUCUCUACUUGAUGGUGUUUGUAUGCUAUUUGCUGCUUACUAUGUUUUCAAUCUUCAAUAUGAUGCUAAAGCUCAAAUUACUCUGGAGUUUCUGCAAAGAUGUGUUAUGGGAAUCAAUCCGGAGAAGGGAAACAAGAGGCCAGGAAAAGUUGACACUCUCAGAGAAGGUGGGCGGUAUUCCUCCACCAGGGAGCACCAGGCUCUUAGCAGCAUGAGCCUGUCUCUAGAAGAAUUCCUUGCAGAGAAAGGUUCUGAUGUAGGAACUGAAGACAGUGAAGAGCUUUAGAAAUAAUUCUUCAGGGUUUAUUGAGUAAUUAACUUUUUGAAGUAGGUAAUUAUGGCUUUUGAGUAGUUACUGAUCACAGUGGACAGCUUUUGGAAUAUUUCAUUGAGUAAUCACUUUUUUUUAGAAUAUGAAUUUCUUAUAUAAUUUAUGAUUGUACCUAAAGCUUUUUUGUAGACUGAUCUCAGAGAUCAGCUUUAGAAAUAUUUAAUUAUAGUAAUUAUACUGAGACUAGAUCAACUCAA